CGGGAUGGGGCGGUGACGCGCGGCCGAGGCCCCGCCCCCUACCCUUGACCCCCGCGGCAGAAGAUGGCGGCGCUGCCGACGGUCGCCCUUCGGAUCGCUCGGUCAGGUGUGCUGCCCCUCUGCCGCCGGCCACUGGCAUGGGGCAGAGCUGCCCUGCAGCCCCCCAGCCGCCCACUCACCCCACAUCGUCCCUUCAGCAACAACAAGAUCCUGGUGGAGCUGGAUGAGAGCUCAGGUGUCGCCACGAUGAAGUUCAAGAGCCCCCCGGUCAACAGCCUCAGCCUGGACUUCCUCACUGAGUUUUGCAUAAGCCUGGAGAAGCUGGAGAACAACCGGGCCUGCCGGGGUGUGAUCUUCACAUCUGCCAUCCCCAACAUCUUCUCAUCUGGCCUAGACAUCACCGAGAUGUGUGGUAAGAGCAUGGAGCACUACGCCGAGUUCUGGAGAGCUGUGCAGGAGACGUGGCUCCGGGUGUACAGCUCCAACAUGGUGACAGUCGCUGUGGUCAAUGGGUCCAGCCCGGCAGGAGGCUGCCUCCUUGCCUUGUCCUGUGACUACAGGAUCAUGGUGGAGAACCCCAGAUGCGUCAUCGGCCUGAACGAAGCCCAGCUGGGCAUUGUGGCUCCCUUCUGGUUUAAGGACACAUUCGUCAACACUGUGGGACACCGAGUUGCUGAACGCUCCCUCCAGCUGGGCUCCCUCUACCCUGCACCCGAGGCCCACAAGUUUGGCCUUGUGGAUGAGCUGGUGCCUGAGGAGAAGCUCCAGGAGAGGGCUGCAGCCAUUAUGGCACAGUGGCUGGCCCUUCCCGAUCAUUCCCGUCAGCUCACCAAGUCCAUGAUGAGGAAGCCAGUGUUGGACCGCCUGAUAGCUCACCGGGAAGAAGACAUUCAGAACUUCAUCACCUUCAUCUCAAAAGAGUCCAUCCAGAAGUCACUUCGCAUGUACAUGGAGAUGCUGAAGAAGAAGAGCUAAGGAGCCAACCACCCAGGGCCCGGUCCCAGGAGCACAAGUGACCCUCUGAAACGUGGCACUAACUGUAGACUUUCGCAGUGAAGCCGUUUGCAGUGUCAGCCGUUGUGCUGCCCGCUCCCAUGGCUGCCCCAACCGCCCCUUCCUCUUAGUCCCCGUAGAGUGCCUGACACCACCGCUGCCUUUCCUGAGAGCGGGGAGAGCUGCCUGCUCAGCUCCCCCAAGGAACGGAGAGGGAGAGGGUCUUGACACCUCUGUGACCCGAGCCUUGGAUAUCCUCCUUGCAUAUCCUCCUUGGAUGUCCUCCCUCCUGUCCAACAGCUAAUUCUGAAAUGA